AUGGAGGUAAAAUACUACGAAAUAGAUCCGGAUGGUGACGUCUUGCUGCUGUUGCGAACCGCAAAGCAGGAAGACGAAAGUAGUGAAGACAGGGAGUCUGCCAACGAUGAGCCCAAGGCUGAGACGCCAAAUGAACGGAUGGAAACCGAAAAGCGCGAAACCGAAUGCAGCGGCGACGCGAAGAUGUAUUCUCCGCGCGAUGGCCGGCAAUUGGAGGUCACCGAGGAGGACUGGAAGUCCGGGCCCUUCUUGAUUCUGAUGAAUAUCAUCCACGGCCGAACGAAGAAGGUCCCUCGAACCGUGACCAUUGAUGUUCUUACAGAAAUCGCGUCGCUUGUUGAUUAUUACGAGUGCCUGGAGGUGGUUGAAAUCAUGGCUGAGAUAUGGACCUCGAAGAUUACCAUUCCGCAUGUCACUUUAAAGGAUAUUGCCCAGUGUAUAUGGCUUAGCUAUACUUUCCGUUGGGAGAGCAAGUUUAAGACCUGGACAAAGCGUGCUAUCCUAACACUUGAGGGCCCGCUUUAUACCCAGGGACUUCCCAUCCGAGACAGAAUAUUGAACGAGAUACAGGAGCGGAGAGAGGAAUCGAUUGAGCGGAUUGUGGCAUACCUCCAUGGCCUCCUUGCCGAGUUCACGAAGACAGAACCCUGCUGCACUGAAUGUAGCUGUAUGAUGCUUGGGGCAUUGACCAGAGCUUUGAGCAUGAUGCACCUUCUCUCACCACGGCCAUCCAGACCUUUCUCUAGGUUGAACCUGAGGGACAUGCUAGAUGGGCUUGCGAAAAUCUACUCACCAAAAUGGUACCUGAAAUACCAUGGUCGAGAAGCACAUAAAUGCAGCCUAGAAUCCAUAAUACAGCCAACACUUAACAGUGUGACAGAAAGUAUUACUGGUCUAGAACUGGAAAAUUUUGUUCGUCCUGAGCCCAUCUCCAGAGGAAGCCUGCGGAGCAGCCAAACAAAAGAUUAG